CUCACAAAACACCAUGUGUGGAACUCCCUGGAAGCAGGCUUUUUUGAAGCUUUUCCAAAACAGACUCUCCUAUUGCCAGACACAGAAUAUGCAUUCACUCUCUUCAUCACGUUUGAGAGAGCAUGAGUCAGGAUCUCACCGACCAAAAUUAUGCAUGGAAGGAUCCAACGGAACUUGUGAGAAAAUUACUGAAGAAGACUUGUUCAAGCACACCAGACACCGAUGGUUAUUCAAUGAACGUGAAGAGCUUUCUAAGCGUUAUGUGAGGUUUAACCUGCAGCAGCUCAUCAAUGUUGCUGUGAAAGCCAGCAAGGGGGCUCAGUAUUGUGCGUCUUGGUACUCACACUACAAAAUGUUCUCACUUACGUAUUAGUAGGCACCAAGAUCCUUAUGACCAGGGUGUACUACCGGUCGAUGGGAUGGUAGAUCCGGAAGAUUACGAAAUUGCCAGCAAGAAUAGUCGCAAAUUCAAGGACAUAUUUAUUGGGCUGGCCAAAAACGAAGCUGAAAGGGAGUCAUAUACAAAACUCUGGCCAUACCAAAUGUGAAGGAUCAAGGGAAAUGGGACAAGGAAUUCUGUGCUGUUUCAGAUACAUGAACUCAUUCGCAGCAUGGCCAACUUCUGUCCCUCCCAUUCCCAGGCCCUAGUUAUAUGCCAUGUAUGACAAGUCAUUAUUGUGGAUAAGAGCCAACAACGGGUGCAAGAUGUAUUGUAGUUUGUUUCCUUUCGGCAGAGGAUCGAGCUGCUCGUCAGCAUCACAAUCCCGUAUAGCUACCGCCCCC